GUAAGUCGGUCAUUCCGCAGGUCGGACUAUUGACGCGGUGGUAGUAUUGAAACCGGUAAGCUGAAGCUCUGUUAGUUUCGACAGUGGAGUAGUAUCUAUAACAUCGAUAUGAAUCACCGCUCCAGACCUGAUUUGAUACACUGGGUGAUCUGACAUACCUGUGAACUCUCCAAUAACAUCAGACACACAACUGACUUUUAACUCGUCCGAAGUUUACCAGAGUUCGCUGCUGACUCGUUCGUAAAUGUAUCUGUUUUGUUUUUAGUAUCCGAGUUUUAAUAAUAUUGACUUUGUCGAUGCGUUUUGUUGCUUUCUGUUUCUACGCGUCGCGACUCGGCUGAUUUUUUCGGACGUGGAGGAGGAGACAUAUUUAUCAGUUCUCUCUCUGUCUCAGCGAUGGCAGACGUGGUGGCCAGGCCUGCAUCCCCCUCUCCGUCUAUCUCUCUCCUGGAGAUUAAAGCGGAGACUCGGAUGGUGCUGAAAUCUUUCCUGCGUCACUCGCUCUCGAUUCCUCCUGAUGAGAGGCCUGGAAGGAUAGGAGGAGAAUACAGAGACCCACACAAAUACAGUGCCUCUACAAUAGAUAAGAUAAGGAAAGAUGCCAAUGGAUGGGACUCUUUGGAUGAGGAGAUCAGUGCCGCAGAGGAGAAGAAACAUGGAAUUAAAAAUUUCAUAAAAAGAAGACUGAGAACCCGUUCGUCCACAAUCCGCCAUGCUAAGAAAGACGGUAGCACUGAUCCAACUCCAAACAACAGCCUGGAGAAGCAGAGUCAGUCUGACAAGCCAUUGACAAAUGGAACACACAGUUUACCCAGAAAAAUGGAGGAAGAGAUAUGCGCUCCAUCCUCUGCGUCUGAAGAGGAAGGCGACAGAAAAUCAGGGGACAGAAAUAAGAAAAAGAAGAAAAAACUGAAAAUAUCUGAUAUACUCAAAAAAGUGUCUUUUAAAAAAGAAGAGCCUCGUCCUCGGCGCCCGACCACACUGCCUUUAAAAGAUGCUUUAGAUGGUCCACAAUCUGGGGAGCAUCCUGCUUCACCAUCCCAUCCUCCUGAGUUUUAUGACGGUGUGGCAGAUACUUUGGACAGAAUUGCACAGAAACACAGCGUGAAAAAGAAAUCCCCCGUUAAACCAGAGCCUGUGCCAAGUCCACCCAAAGUAAAUGACAAAGAAGCCGUGGUUCAACAGCUCGUUCAGAUAUUAACUACAGAGGGGGAUGUCAUUAACGACAAGAUAAACAGCAACCCCUUCCUGCGGUCCACCCUCACUCGCCUCUCCUACCCAUCUUUUGCCAAACUCCUUGACACGUACGCCAGUCAGAGUGAAGAACCUCCCGUUCCCGCACCGGUCAGCCCUACGCUGCGGCGUCUCGCCAUCACCAUGGAUGUGUCUCGUCGAGUCGUGACAGCAACUGGAGUUCAGCGUCUGACAGGCUAUGCUGAACGCUACAUGGAAAACUUUGCACCAUGGGUGAGGAGCCACGGAGGAUGGGAUAAAAUUGCACAAUUGGAUGAAGUCCUGGAGUGUGAUUGACCUUGGACCUUUUCAUUAUGAACUCUGAAUCAUGUAGCAUGACCUCUGUGAGGCGAAGAAGAAGAAGAAGAAGAAGAGAAGAACCAGCCAACUGGGGAACUGACACUACUUGAUUAGAAAGAUGUAUUUAUUCUUUUGUAUUUUGGAUGUUUUGAAAUUUUUUAUGUGCUAUUUUAUACCGAAAUACAUGAUGACAAUCA